AUGGGGGCCCACAUUCAGUCAAGGUACCCUUCGUGGAGAAGCUGUGAGGUAUUGCCAACAGCGCAACCUUCUCCUUCCACUCCUUCCACUGAGUGCUGUCCAGACGGCUGGAUUGGCUACCAAAGGAAAUGCUACUAUUUUUCAGAGAGUGAAGCAAACUGGACUAAUAGCCAGAAUAACUGUGCCUCUUUCAAUGCCUCUUUGGUCGUGAUUGACUCUCAAGAAGAGAUGAGUUUCUUGAGACGAUACAAAGGUCCUGCUGACCACUGGAUUGGUCUCCAAAGGAUGGAUGACCAGGAGCCUUGGAGAUGGAUUGAUGGCACCAUUUUCAAUAACUGGUUUGAAAUUCGGGGAGGAGGAAAAUCUGCUUACAUAAACCAUCAAGGUGUUGCCAGCUCUAGCGGCCGACAUGUAGAACCCUGGAUCUGCAGCAAACAAGUUCACAAAUCAGAAAGGACAGUGAAUGCAAGGCUGUAG